AUGCCAUCUCAAUUGAAAGUUAAACGAGUUAUAACUGUUCAAGAGAUUGAGGAUCUUAAAGGAAAGACCAGAUGUCUCUACAAGCUAUUCAAGAAUCCGAGAAUGAUGCUUGAGGAACUGAAACCAACUGUUGUCAAACUUCUCGAAAGUAUGCACAUCCUCUCUCUCUGUGCCUACGUUCCGCAUUCUGAUGCAUGUCGAAAAAUCGUGGAAUUGGGAAUGAAGCAAAUAGCAAUUCUGGAAGAUGUCGUGAUUCGAGUGGUUUUGUCUGGAAAGACUGUCAAACAAGCAGCUGAGAGGCAUCUUUGUCGAGCUACCCAGAACAAUAACCCAACUUCUAAUUAA